AUGGAAAAUCAGCCCCGAAGAGAAGUUGGGUUGAACUUGAAUGAUAUUGUUGGUGAUCCGGGAAAACGCAAGCCAAUUGAAGAGUUCGAUGUUUCAAUUCGAGAUAGAGUACGAAGAGAGUACUUGAAUAUGGGCCCUUGUCAACCAAUUGGACAUAAGUAUGAAAAAAGAAAUAUGGUACUCAAGAAAGAAGUUUUCAAGAUAUUUGGUUUAAAAGAUAAAGGGGGUCGACAAUCAGAUGAUGCUUUUACAAAGACAGGUUGUAGCAACUGGAAAAAUGCAUUAGAAAGAUUCAAUUAUCAUGUUGGAGGCGUGAAUAGUUGUCAUAAUAAUGCUAGAAUUCAGUUCGAAGCUUUUCAAGAUCAAAGGAACAGUGUGCAAGGAUUAUUUUUUCGUGGACAUGAUGAGUCAAGUAGUUCUUCAAAUAGAGGUAAUUUUAUUGAGUUGCUUCUAUGGUUUAGUGAACUUAACGAUGAUGUAUCCAAAACUUUGUUUGCAAAUGCUCCUGCUAACAACCAAAUGAAUUCACCACGAAUUCAAAAGGAAUUAGCAAACGCUUGUGCUUCAGAGGUUACACUUGCCAUAGUUAAUGAUAUUGGAGAUAAAGUUUUCACUCUUUUGGUUGAUGAGGCUCGAGACGUUUCAAUGAAGGAGCAGAUGGGAGUUGUUUUAAGAUAUGUGAAUAACGAAGGAUAUGUGAUUGAGCGAUUUAUUGGAAUCGUGCAUGUAAUUGACACUUCCUCUCAUACUUUGAAAUGUGCUAUUGAUGAUUUAUUGGUGAAGCAUAAUUUAUCUCUAUCUAAAGUGAGAGGGCAAGGAUACGAUGGAGCUUAUAAUAUGAGGGGUGAGUUUAAUGGAUUGAAAUCCUUAAUAUUGCAAGAAAAUCCAUAUGUCAUGUAUAUUCAUUGUUUCUCUCAUCAACUCCAAUUAAUUAUUGUUGCGGUUGCCAAGGGUAUUAGAGUUGUGAAUGAUGUUUUUAGCUAUGUCUCCAUGAUUGUGAAUAUGGUCGGAGCAUCUUGUAAGAGAAAAGACCAACUUAAUGAUGAAGAACUCAUAAGUGGAAGAGGUAAAAAUCAAGAAACUAGUUUGGUAAGGCCUGGAGACACUCGUUGGGGCUCACAUUACUUUACAUUGCUUCGUCUAUGCUCUAAGUGGUCUUCGGUUGAGAAAGUGUUGGAAGUUGUACGUGAUGAUGCUACUCUCCGUGAUAACAGAAGUACCACUGAAGGAUUGAUUGAAAGGAUGGAUAACUAUGAGUUUGUUUUCACUUUACAUUUGAUGAAACAUUUAUUGGGAAUAACCAAUGAAUUAUCUAUUGCCUUGCAAAAGAAAGAUCAAAUAUUAUUCAAGCCAUAUCAUUGA